CCCUUUAAAUGCUAUGUCGUUAAAAUGUAGCUGAUAUCGUUGAAAUUGAACUAUGCCUUAAGUAUAAGCUAACGUUUCCGAUUAGACCAGCAGAAACCAAUUAAUAACUUUAUGUGCCACACAGAUCGCGCAUUCUCCUCAUAUUGUUGUCACAUUUUGUUAGAGAUGUCCAGAGCUUGUGUACAGCACUGACGGGCAGCCUGUUUGUGAGUUCUGACCAAACACAUCCGCCAAGAUGCCUGCGGUAUCUACAGGGGUCAAAGAGCUGUAUUUAUCCACGUCUCUGGGUGACCUUAACAAAAAAGCUGAAAUAAAGCCUGAUAAGACUAGCACCAGAAGCUAUGUUCAGAGUGCCUGCAAACUUUUCAAGGCAGCUGAGGAGUGUCGCCUUGACAGAGAUGAGGAGAAAGCUUAUGUGCUGUACAUGAAGUAUUUAACAGUUUAUGACAUCAUCAAGAAAAGGCCAGACUUCAAGCAGCAAUUGGAUUAUUACAUGACAAUGCUUGGGCCCACCAGCUUCAAAAAAGCCCUUGAAGAAGCUGAGAAGCUGUCUGAUAGCCUUAAACUCAGGUAUGAGGAGUUUGAGGUUAGAAAAAAACUUGAGGAGAAGGAGAGAUUAGAGGAGAAGAAGAAAAGGGAGGAAAUAUCAGAGAAAGAUGGGGGCCGGGGCUCUCCAAAACUGGCUGCCGCAAACAAGAAGGACAGCAAAAAGGUGAAAGGAGAGCAGAAUGAGCUGAAGAGUGUAAUCACAAAAGCUGCACAGCCAACUGGUGGAAUCACAGCUGAGAAACUUUUCCACAUCAUGAAGGACCAGACAAUAUCUAUAAUUGUCAUGGAUGCCCGCAGCCAUGGUGACUUUGAGGAGUCUCACAUUCAAGUUCCAGCCCAGACCUGCGUCAGCGUGCCUGAGGAGGCCAUUAGUCCAGGAAUCACUGUGAGUCAGAUUGAGGCAAAGCUGCCUGAAGUGUCCAGGGAUCACUGGCGGCGGCGAGGAUUUGUGGACUACAUAGUUUUGCUGGACUGGUUCAGUUCUGUCACUGACCUUAAACUGGGAACUACCUUGCAAAGCCUCAAAGAUGCCCUCUUUAAGUGGGACAGUCUCACCAUUCUGCGUAGUGAGCCACUGGUGCUGGAAGGGGGCUACGAGAACUGGUUGUUAUUUUACCCCAUGUACACAACCAACGCUAAAGUUCGACCUCCUAGACAGACUAUUUUCAACACCCUCCCUCAGUUAAAUUUCAGCUACCCAUCCUUAGAGGAACCAAAGCCUCCAGUGCCACCCCAGCCUGAGCCUGAGGUUUCACCUGAGCUUCAGGAGCCAUCAGCUCCUGUGCUGGUUAAUGGUGUUGUACCUGCAGAGCCACCAACAUCCAAAACCUCCAUGGUUGCUGAUAAGCUGCCAGACUCUGUUGAUUUCCCUGUCAUAGGCACAACAAAUUCUGGGCAAGCCCUUAUUAAGAAGGAUCCUGCAUCCAGUCAGUCACCUUCAACAACUAAGAGAUUCCCCCAGUUUGACCGUAGCAAGAAACCCUCUGUACGUGUGUCGGAUGAACCCAAGUCAGGCCAGAAUGGGUCUGCGAAAGAUUCCACCCAGAAUGGCCCAGUCAUCCCUGACCGCUCAGCCAAACCACCACUCAUUCUCAGCUCUGCUCUGUCUAAAGAAGAGCAGAGCCAGAUACACUCUGAAGCACUGGCAGUGAUGGAAAAGGCAAGGCAAGAGCAGGAAAAACGUAUGCAGGAGCGGCGUUUAGAAGAGGAGAGACGGGAGAAGGAACAGAAAGAGAGAGAGUUGAGAGAGAGGCUUGAGAAGGAAGAAAGUGAGAAGAAGAAAAGGGAAGAGGAGGAAAAAAGACAUCAGGAGAAAAAGAGGCUUGAGAGGCAAAAGGCAGAGGAAGAGGAAGACAAAGAGAACAGGGUGUGGGAUGACAAGGAGAGGAGGGGAAAGGAGCAAAACUCUGACGCUCCCUCGAAGAGCAUGUCUCUGGAUUCACCUGCUCCCAACCAUAUUGUUAGUGAAAUUAAGAGGGAGCCUCUAACCAGAGCAAGGAGUGAAGAGAUGGGUAGGAGUGUGCCUGGCCUUCCAGAUGGUUGGAUGAAGUUCCUUGACACAGUAACAGGAACUUAUAGAUACUACCACUCCCCGACCAAUCGCGUCCACCUAUACCCCCCUGAGGUCACGGUUCCCCAGACCCCGCCUACCACACCACCAACAGUCAAACAGAAGCCACCGCGACCAGCUGAGCCAGACAGCAACCGUGACCAAGAGCGGGAGCAGUCUAAACUGAAACGCUCCUACUCCUCCCCAGACAUCAGCCAGGACCUGAGAGAUGAGGCCCAGAAAAAGGCCCCUGCCCCAACCACCGCUGCUGUCAUACCCACUAUCAACAGGGAAACCAAACCUCCGAGUGCAAAGGUUUAUUCUAAAGUGGAGAUUGCGCGCCCAUCUGCAGCCAAAAUUCGCAACCUGAAUCCAACGUUUGGAGGUUUGGGUGCAUCACUGACUGGGCUUCGUAACCUGGGCAACACAUGCUAUAUGAACUCCAUCCUACAGUGUCUUUGCAACACUCCUGCCAUGGCUAAUUACUUUAAUAACAAUUGCUACCUUGAGGACAUCAACAGGUACAAUAUUCUUGGCCAUAAAGGGGAGGUUGCAGAGGAGUUUGGUGUGAUCAUGAAAGCCUUAUGGGCUGGUCUUUACAAGUGCAUCAGUCCACGAGACUUCAAGAUCACCAUUGGGAAGAUUAAUGAGCAGUUUGCUGGUUAUGACCAGCAAGACUCCCAGGAGCUGCUGCUGUUCCUCAUGGAUGGGCUCCAUGAAGACCUCAACAAGGUAGCGGACAACAGGAAGCGGUACAAAGAAGAGGAAAAUGAUCAUUUGGAUGAUCAGUCUGCAGCUGAGGUGGCAUGGAGGAAGCACAAGCUGCUCAACGAGUCUAUUAUUGUGACGCUUUUCCAGGGGCAGUUCAAGUCCACAGUGCAGUGUCUGACCUGCCAUUGCAAGUCAAGGACAUUUGAGACCUUUAUGUACCUGUCACUGCCUCUUGCUUCAACCAGCAAGUGCUCCCUGCAGGAUUGUCUGAGGUUAUUCUCCAAAGAGGAGAAGCUGACUGACAACAACAAAGUGUUCUGCAGACACUGCAAAGCCCACAGAGAUUCCACCAAGAAACUGGAAAUCUGGAAGGUUCCACCCAUUCUCCUGGUGCACUUAAAACGGUUCUCCUAUGAAGGUAGAUGGAAGCAAAAGCUGCAGACUUCCGUAGACUUCCCUUUAGAUAAUCUGGACCUUGCCCAGUAUGUUAUUGGACCCAAACAGAGCAUGAAAAGAUAUAGCCUUUAUGGAGUUUCGAAUCACUAUGGGGGCUUAGAUGGUGGCCACUAUACAGCCUACUGUAAGAACGCCGACAAACAGCGCUGGUACAAGUUCGAUGACCACGAGGUGUCCGAAAUCUCCACCUCCUCUGUCAAGUCCUCUGCAGCCUACAUCCUGUUUUACUCCACACUGUGAUGGGGCGGAAUGACCUGACGAGAGGAAAAACUACACCAGAGCAGCAGUUCUCAAGCCUUAGAGGUUGUUCUUUUUCUUUUUAAAAUCUCAGCUCAGAGGACCUGGUGCACAGUCGCAGAGCAAAUGGUGAUGAACGUGCACGAGAGGACACACUCAAGCAAGUGGCUAUGGGAUCCAGGUUGGAGAAUGGGUGCAGGCACACUGUGCAACGCUUCAGCUACUAGAGAACUCCACAGGUGUUAAAACACGCCGUCUGUUCACAUUACCGAUCAUCUAGAGACUCAACAGAUGCUCAUGUUAAUCUGACUUUGAUACCAUAGUUGUGUUUUAGGGCUUACAGCUGAUUCAAAUGCUCUUUACUCUAAUUUCUGUGGUACUCAGCGUGAACGGCAGUAUUGCAGAACUGAUUUUCAGCUUUCUUGUACUGUGUACACAGGAUUAACAGUUAGAUGGCAUGUAGAUUCUUACUAAUGCUGAUGUUGCACAUUCAAACUUUUUUGGUGUAAAUACUUGAGGGCAAGGUGUUUAUCUGUUAAGUGACCAAAUUACUUUUUCUUUUUUUUCUUUUGAAAGUAGCAGCAUUUAUAAUAUCAACAUAUUCAUGAUGGGUUAAACUGUAUAGCCUUCUGGUGUUUGAGAUAAGAGCAAUUGAAAAGACUGAGUGACUUUUUCAUUCUUCUGAAGGGGAGGAGGGAAUUUAGAUUGUUGCUUGUUCAUAUUAAUCACAUCCUUGCACCUAUACUAUAUGCAAUCACUUUAAAUUGUUUAUGUAAAACACAUUGUUUAACAGCCGACCUUAACAAUCAGAACGCUUUUAAUCAGUACUGAUGCUGAGAGCUUGUUCAUCUAUCUCUGUUCAGCCAGGGACAGAAAACCCUACCUGCUUCUGUUUAUUCUCUGUUAAACACGCUUAACUUUGUACAUUUAUUCAAACACUAUCAAUGGAAAAAAACAACAAUACUGAGGUAAUUUGAUAUUUUUCUUGGUUUAUGCCAGAGAUGCUGGUUUUGUUUGCAGGAGUAUGGACUUUGAUUUUACUAUUUUAAUUAUGUGUUAAGUACUGAGCCAGAAAACACAAAGACAUGAGAAAUUGACCAUAUUCACUUCUUUAACAGUGUCAACAUUUGCUGCCUGACUGACAGACCGACUGAUGAGAGAAUGCACAAAGUAGAGAAAUAUUAUUUCUGAACGGACCAGCGAUCCGACGUCGCAGGAUGUGACUACUUCCUUAGUACAGUUUUAUUGCCUAGCAUGGGAUCGAGAUCUGUUUUUCUUUUCACUCGUACGUGUUGAUUUUUAUUUCUUAAUGCUCUACAUACAGAUUGUUUAAGAUAUAACAAUUAUAUUAACCUCAAACAACUCUUAUGACUAUUUAUUAAAACUGCUUCAAAUU